AAGGAGAGGCGGGGCCUGGGGCGGCGGUGGGGACCCGGAGGGAGGCGGCAACAUUGUUUCAAGUUGGACAAAUUGACAAGAGCGAGCGAUAGCCCUGCGUUCCAUCCGGACCUGGAGCCGCGGAGCCGGGCCCCGCUUCCCCCUCCUCCGCCCCGGAGAGCCGGGGCCCGCUGUCUCCAGGGUUCCCAGGCCCCCGCCCCGGGGCCCGGCUGACCCUGCCUCGCUGAGCGCUCCAUGGAGAACUUCCAAAAAGUGGAGAAGAUCGGGGAGGGCACGUACGGAGUGGUGUACAAAGCCAAAAACAAGCUGACGGGGGAGGUGGUGGCGCUCAAAAAAAUCCGCCUGGACACUGAGACAGAGGGUGUACCCAGUACUGCCAUUCGGGAGAUCUCUCUGCUUAAGGAGCUUAACCACCCAAAUAUUGUCAAACUGCUGGAUGUCAUCCACACAGAAAACAAACUCUACCUGGUGUUUGAGUUUCUGCACCAAGAUCUCAAGAAAUUCAUGGAUGCCUCUGCUCUUACUGGCAUUCCUCUUCCCCUCGUCAAGAGCUAUCUGUUCCAGCUGCUCCAGGGCCUCGCUUUCUGCCAUUCUCACCGGGUCCUGCACCGAGACCUCAAACCUCAGAAUCUGCUUAUCAACGCCGAGGGGUCCAUCAAACUAGCAGACUUUGGACUAGCCAGAGCCUUUGGAGUCCCUGUUCGUACUUACACCCAUGAGGUGGUGACCCUGUGGUACCGAGCACCGGAAAUCCUUCUGGGCUGCAAAUACUACUCCACAGCUGUGGACAUCUGGAGCCUUGGCUGCAUCUUCGCUGAGAUGCACCUAGUGUGUGCCCAGCACCAUGCUAAGUGCUGCGGGGAACACAGAAGAAAUGGAAGACACAGUCUCUGCACGCUGUGCUCCCAUCUAGAAGUGGCUGCGUCACAAGGAGGGGUGUCUACCCCACACCCCGUGACUCGCCGGGCCCUGUUCCCUGGAGAUUCUGAGAUUGACCAACUCUUCCGGAUCUUUCGGACUCUGGGCACCCCGGAUGAGGUGGUUUGGCCAGGAGUUACUUCUAUGCCUGAUUAUAAGCCAAGUUUCCCCAAGUGGGCCCGGCAGGAUUUUAGUAAAGUCGUGCCUCCCCUGGAUGAAGAUGGACGGAGCUUAUUGUCGCAAAUGCUGCACUAUGACCCCAACAAACGGAUUUCAGCAAAGGCAGCUCUGACACACCCUUUCUUCCAGGAUGUGACCAAGCCAGUACCCCAUCUUCGACUCUGAUGUCUUUCUGCAAGCCCCCAGUCUCACCCUCCCCUCCAGUGGUGGGCCUGAUCUGGCUUGGCCUUGGGCUGUGGGUGCCCUCUACCUUGUCUGGCUGCCUUAACACUCACUCACCUUCCUUUCUUAGCCAGCCAACUCUAGGGACACAGGGGUUGGAGGGGGAAAAGGAAAGGAAACUUCAGUAUUAGAUGCACUUAAGUCAGUCUCUACCAACCCUCCUUAGUCAUUGCUAAGGAGAGCCGGUGUUUAAAAAAAAACAAAGACUGACUCUUUCCUCUCCCCCCACAUGGGAUUUGCCAUUCUAGCCUCUGAAAGCCCCACAGUUAUUGUUUCCUGUGUUUGAGAUGACAGAGGCCCCAAACGGCCUGUGUUUGCUAAGCCAUUGAUGACAGGGGCAAAUUGGAAUUUUGAAAACAAGCAAAACAAAAACAGAGAGAGGGGCCUGUUUUGAAAAAUUAAGUUAAACAAUAGAUCCAACCAGUUUAUACUGUAGUUUUGGUGUUUGGUCUCACCUAACAGUCUGAGAGUCCCAGGACUCCCAGCCUCUGCCAUCCUGUCGGGGCUACAGUAGAAAUGAUUGCCCCCAGUGCCCUGUCCGUCCCUCCUGUCCCUCCUAUAGGCAGGGGCUGUCUGGGAGGCUCCGGGACAGGGAUUAUGCUUCACAGCGGCCUUAUGAGGCAAGUGAAAGCUAUUGGAGUUUUUCUCUUUUAAAAUUCUUAGUUCUUCAGGUGGCAGGGCACAGCUUCCCCUGAAGGCCACCCCCAUAGGAGUGGAAGUAAAGAUUAGACCUCAUUUUGAGAAUACUGACACUUUUUUUAGGGCUGUGACUGAGUGGGAGCACGGAGAUAAAAUAUUUCUUUAAAAGAAGGAUGAAUAAUUAUAUUUAUAUUUCAGGUUAUAGUAGUUUUUUAGAGGGACUGGGUGAAUUUGUUGCCACGUGCACCUUGGGGUUUUGUAAUGCAAAUGUUUUAAAAAAAAAAGAGUAUUGUUUUUCUUUUCUCUGACCUCUUGUUCUUGUGUGUUCUUGCUAUUAACAUUAUUUGUAAUUCAUUAAAAAAAAAGUUUCUAGUGUUAUAGUU